CGAAUUCUACGACUGGAGCCAGGCCAAGAAGACGAUCCCAUCCAAUGUUCACUUAUACACGUUGAUCUCGACACAUCUCCGGUUUUCGAAGCUGUAUCGUACGUGUGGGGAGAUGCAACCGACAAACUACGUAUUACCUGCAACGAUAGACGCAUCAAAAUCACUCGAAAUCUCUUCCACGCACUGACAAUGUUCCGGUACCCCGACCGUACGAGGGAUCUGUGGGCUGAUGCUCUCUGUAUCAAUCAGUUCAACCUCAAAGAAAGGAGCUCGCAGGUACAGCUCAUGUCGCGUAUCUACUCAGGUGCAAAGGCUGUGCUGGUAUGGCUUGGACACGAGCAA